CCAAUCGGUGGUCGCCGCGUUCUUGAGGGGCCUGAUCCCGGAGCCGGUGAGGGAGCGCGAGGGAGAGACGGUCAGAGGCAGAGAGACCGGGUGAACCUUUACAAUGGGCAGCAAGAUGGGACUGUCAGUUUGGAUGAUGUUAUGUUUCACCCUCGCACACGUGGUCUUACACACUGAUUCGGUAGCAGUGAUGUCUGUGGAUUUGGGCAGUGAAUGGAUGAAGAUUGCCAUUGUGAAGCCAGGAGUGCCCAUGGAGAUUGUCUUAAACAAAGAAUCGAGGAGGAAAACUCCAGUUGCUGUUGCUUUAAAAGAAAAUGAGCGACUCUUUGGGGACAGUGCAAUAGCCAUGGCGGCAAAGAACCCCAAAGUCGUGGCUCGCUACUUGCAGGAUCUACUCGGGAAGCGAAUGGAAAACCCACUGGUGGAUCUGUACAGGAAGCGUUUCCCUGAACAUCAGCUGGUGGCAGCUGAUCACCGGGGGACAGUGAUGUUCAGGUUUUCAGAUGAAUUGUAUUAUUCCCCUGAGGAGAUCCUAGGGAUGGUACUGAAUUACUCCAGAACCUUGGCUCAGGACUUUGCAGAGCAGCCUAUUAAGGACCUCGUAAUCACUGUGCCAGCAUACUUCAAUCAGGCAGAGAGGCGGGCGGUCAUACAUGCUGCUCAGAUGGUGGGUCUGAAGGUCCUUCAACUCAUCAAUGAUAAUACAGCUGUGGCUUUGAACUAUGGUGUGUUUCGGAGGAAGGACAUUAACGCAACGGCCCAGAACGUGAUGUUUUUUGACAUGGGUUCAACCAGCACCACUGCCACUGUUGUAACUUAUGUAACAACUAAAACAAAGGAUUCGGGAACGCAGCCCCAGCUCCAGAUUCGAGGGACCGGGUUUGAUCGGAGUCUCGGUGGUCUUGAGAUGGAACUUCGUCUGCAGGAUCACCUAGCAGAUCUCUUUAAUGCUCAGAAGAAGACUCCCAAAGAUGUCCGCCAGCACCCACGAGCAAUGGCUAAGUUGUGGAAGGAAGCAAAUCGUGUGAAAACAGUAUUGAGUGCGAAUGUAGAUCAUAUGGCACAGAUUGAGGGACUGCUUGAUGACAUUGACUUCAAGGCCAAAGUAACCAGGCAGAAGUUUGAGGAGCUGUGCAGUGAUCUUUUUGAGAGAGUUGCAGAGCCUGUUCAUCAAGCUUUAAAAGCGGCUGAGUUGAAAAUGGAAGACAUUGAUUAUGUGAUCCUGGUGGGCGGAGCAACACGUGUUCCCAAAGUGCAGGAGUUCUUGCUGAAAGCUGUUGGAAAGAAGGAGUUGGGAAAGAAUAUAAAUGCAGAUGAGGCGGCGGCAAUGGGAGCAGUGUAUCAGGCUGCAGCUCUCAGUAAAGCCUUCAAAGUCAAGCCCUUCUUUAUUCGUGAUGCAGCCAUUUAUCCCAUUCAGGUUGAAUUUACACGAGCGAUUGAAGAGGAUGGUGUGAAAAGCAUUAAACACAACAAACGUGUGCUAUUCCAGAGAAUGUCUCCAUAUCCACAACGCAAAGUGAUUACCUUCAACCGCUACUCCGAUGACUUUGAGUUCUUUGUGAAUUAUGGGGAUUUGAACUUCCUCAGUGACAGUGAUCUCAGUAUCUUUGGAUCAUUAAACUUGAGCACGGUUCAAUUGAGUGGCAUCGGUUCAAGUUUUCAGAAGCAUUCAGAUAGCGAAUCUAAAGGGAUUAAGGCCCAUUUUAAUAUGGACGAAAGUGGAAUACUGUCACUGGACAGAGUGGAAGCUGUGUUCGAGAAGGUGCAGGAUGGGGAACCUGAGGAAGAAUCCACCCUGACUAAGCUCGGGAACACCAUUUCUAGUUUGUUUGGAGGUGGAAGCUCUGAAACAGAUGGGAAGGAGAACUUGACUGAAGCUGUGCAGGAUGAAGAGGAGACUACAAGUAAAACUGAGAAGGACGAUCAGGAAGAACCAGCAACUGCAAAAGAGAAAGGAAUUCGCACUGAGGAGAGUAGCAAGUCUGAGGAACCAAGCAAGGCAGAACCGAAUGAAGAGAAAGGAGAUCAACCUGAACCAGGAGAGGACACGGCCAAAACAGGGACACCUGAAACUCUGGAUAAAAAAGUCGAGGAUGUUGGGAAAGCAGACGUGAAAGAUCCAGAAUCAAAUAAAACUGAGGAGAUUAAAAAGCCAAAAGGACCCAAAAGGCUGAAGAUUAGUGAGAAUGUGACUGUGGCAUUGGAAAUCCAGGACCUGCCAGAUCUGUCACAAGAGGAAAUGAGCAAGUCUCAAAAAAAGCUUCAGGAUCUUACAGACAGAGACCUCCAAAAACAAGAGCAUGAAAAGAUGGCCAAUUCAUUAGAAGCUUUCAUCUUUGAAACACAGGACAAGCUGUACCAGGAUGAGUAUCAGGCAGUUUCAACACAAGAUGAGCGUGACCAAAUCUCGACUAAACUCAGCGAGGUCUCAAACUGGCUGGAUGAGGAUGGUUAUGCUGCCAGCACGCAGGAACUAAAAACGAAGCUCUCUGAGUUACGGAAGAUGUGCAAAGAACUCUUCUUCAAAGUUGAAGAGAGGAGGAAGUGGCCGGAUCGCCUUGCUGCACUGGAUAGUAUGCUCAAUCACUCCACCAUCUUCCUCAAGGGUGCUCGACUCAUUCCGGAAGCUGAUCAGAUUUUCACAGAAGUGGAGUUAAACACACUGGAAAAAGUCAUUACUGAGACAACUAAAUGGAUAAACGAGACAGUGGAAGAGCAGAAUAAGCUACCAUCCACCCAGAAACCCAUCCUCCUUGCCAAGGACAUUGAGGCAAAGCUUGCUCUACUAGACCGAGAAGUAAAAUACUUACUAAACAAAGCAAAAUUCGCCAAACCCAAGCCCCGGAAAGAGAAGAACACAACACAAGAGAUGAAAAAUACAACAACCGAAGACCAGAACACAACUGCUGAUAGUGAGAACAUUAUACCACCCGCAAGAGAGACAGGGGAAGACACGGAGCAUGUAGAGGAGGUGAAACCUGGCGAAGCUCCACCGACAGUAAACAAAGAUCAAACCACCGUUGAGGAUGAUGAGGCAGAGAUACCAGAGCCAGAUGUAUUAGAAUCCAGUAAAGGUACAGCUGAAGGAACACUAGAAAGCAACUCAGACAAACACCCUCCAGAUGAAUUGUAACUGAUCCUGGCUGCUGCACCGGUUCUAUUUAUAUUACAUUACUUUUUAUGUAAUGGACCAGUCUGCCAUAAUUUAACAGAACGACGAUGUGUGAUUGAGUAGAGGUGUACAUUUUUUUUUAAAAAAAACUGGAUUUUCCUGUGACAGACUUUGUCGGAUAAUUCUAUUUGUAAAACCAAGUACAGUUCAAGUUUAAACUGCAUUGUGACCAGCAGGAGGCAGUGUUUGCAACAAGAGGUUGAUAUUCAAAGGGAUUUAAAAGCUUCAAGUUAUUGGAAGCCAAGUAUUUUUGUUCCUUGUGUGUCUUCUCCCUUCGAUUGUUAUGGUUUUUAUUUAGUUAAUGAAUGGUUGAGUGAACUUAUUGCACUGAAUUGAAGUAUGUUCAUUUUGCUUUAGUGUCUGCUUAGGGUACGUUGAAUCUAUUAAAUCAAACUUUUAACAGCCCUAGUGCUCGAUACUCGGCUUUAAAAAUAAGUCGACAGAUUGGUCUGUGAAAUGUUAGUGCAGGGGCAUGUCAACUCAUUAGUGUACUACAUCUCUGUCUUCAUACAACCACUGUCAUGUGCAGAAUGUGUACAAGUACCUGGGCAAAGGUCUUUUUCUCUGCCUCCUGUAAAACUGCUCUGCUUUUUGUCGUCUCGAAUGUCCCAGGCUGCUGCAGGUGUGCCCCAUCACCAACCAGCAGUUGUUUCAUGAAAUGUAGGGGCCAGGAGUGUCCUCAUUGGUGUCCCCAGUUCAGAAUCGGCCAUGUGUACUGCGAUACUAGUUUCUGUGAAAACUCUUGCAACAUGGACAGACUGAAACGACUGAAUUAAUCUUGAGUGGUGUGGGCACCUGCAUGAAUUUACUUGGUGGGAAAGGAGUUUAUUUCCCACAAAACCCUGGUUUUGAACUCCAGUUCCUCUUGUACGUUGUAGUCAGGCUCAAAAUCAAUCCAGUGCUUCAGUCAUCGGAGCUUCUAUCAUUAAUAAUUUUAUUCUUAAAAAUGUGGAAUGAACCACUCGUGCAGACUGUAGCUGUGUUGUGUCUAGGGCAGUUAGGAAAUGGAUGUUAGGCCCCAAGUUAUCAGCAGGGAAUCACAGGCAAGACUGUAUUCAAACAUGUUACAUGGCACAGAGAUGGUAACAUUGCUUAAACUGCAUGGUUUAUUGUCAAACCCUGUGUGAUGUUCUCCAAUCGAAUUGCUGCACCAUAGGUAAUACACUGGCCUUUGAGUUAUUAUCCUAGAUAUUGGACAUUUCAGUUUUGUUCCUGGAACUGAAUUCAGACAGUGGCACCCAGCAAGUGCUCACUGACACUGAGAAGUCGCUGCUCCAGAGGGACUGCCAGAGUGUAAUGUCAAAGCUGGCUAUCUCCCUGUAAAAUGAACCACUCCCCAUCCGUUUGAUAUUAAACAUCAUGACGGAGAAGUUUGCUCUGUGUUUUGCUCCCAGUUUUAAGCCUGCCUCCUGCUGGUCACUAUCCAUUAUCAUCAGGCAGCUUCUGCUUCUGCUGUGUUUUUCUUUGUUUAGUGACAGUCUACUUGGUUUGAGUACACACACUCCGAGGUUAGCUACUGGACUUGCAACUGAUCUUAAAGAGUGAGGGGUUUCUUAAAACUGUAUAUAGUUUGCUGAACAGAAUGAAAGUAGAGCCUGAUUUCCAGUUUAAUUUUAGGAAAUGUGGGUUUCUGCAUGUCACCCAAGACUCACUCAGUGAGUCGCACAAAGAUUGUUACAGGGUUUUGGACUGGCCUGUGCCAAAGCUUCAGCAAAUUAAUGGUUGUAUUGUCGUUCCAUUAUUGAGUAGGAUUCCCUCUGUUGGAGAGAGUUUUUUUUCUUUUGAAUAUCUAAUUUAAAAAGUAGAUUUCAACAAAAUAAAUUUCUAAUCUAAUAAUGAGUUCGGUCCAGCAGCCAAUGGAGGUGUUGAGAAGUACAAAUGAACGUUGGGACUUGAUGUGAAAAGGGACCAGGUUUCUAUCUGUGCGUUUGGUUACUGGUCUUUGUCUGAUGUUGAGAAUGUGCACCAUGUGGUGUGGAUCAGGGUCUUUUUCUGCACUUAACAAUCCCUCAAAAUAAAGCAGCCAGACUCACUAAGACUCCACUGUGUCCCUACCAGUUGUGUUUAUCUGCUCUGUUGUUCCCUCUGUCCAAUAAAAUGUUGAUAUAUUUUUCUGAAUUUGUUAUCAGCUGACUGUCUCUCCUGGGUCUUCUGUUUCUAUCUAAGCUUAGCUGAAGUGCUAUGUAAGUGAGACUGCUCUCAAUCUUACACCUUUACUUUCUAACAACUUCACCCUGCCCUCCUCACAAAGAGCUGUCAGACCUUUAGGGGAUUGGAUGUGUAACUCCUCAUCCUAAACCCUUGUGGAGAUACCAUGCUGGGAGAGGCUGGUCAGCCUGCUGUGUUACUUUUGCUUCAGGAAUUUUCUUGUGUGCAGAGUCGUCAAUCGGUUGAGAAUUUUCUGAGUAGAAGUUAUUAGUUCUUUCUCAAACAUAAGCUGCCUUUAAAUUGGCUUCAGUGUUACAAUGAGAACCACGUUGAAUUUCCCACUUUGCGUUUGAUUUACCCUUGUCUUGGAUUGUGAUUUUUAAAAAUUCGUACUAAAAUGGGGAAGGAUGAACUGUAUAAUUUCUCAUUACUGACCAUGAAUUCCUCCACUAACAGCUAGCAAUGAGUGAUCCUUAUAACCCAGCAUUAACUUUCGCACAGCACCACCUAAUGACUGGUUCUUCCUUCAAAGCUCUUCAUUCUGUUACUGUGUAAGUGAACACAUCUCAACUGUCGGGGGAAAUAAGUUUGACCAGGAGAUUGAGAACAAGGCACAUGUAGGGAUGGUCUGUCUACUACUUCAUCCGUCCAAAAUGUUAACGUUUGAUCUCACUGUUAAACCAUUAAGCACACACACCUGUAUCCUUGUUCAGGUGUUCAUCCCAACUUUGGAUCACGAGUACAGUGUGAAGACUAUGUUGCUGCUUUAUGUAAAGUAUUUUCUGAAUGUAAAUUAAGUUUCUGUUGAGUCAGGUAGAGAAUGAGACUCUUGUUGCUUUUCAGACUUGUUCUGCCAGGUAUGGUGGGCCAAUGGUCAGCUACUCUUCUCUCAAAGUUGUGACUUAGGGGACUCCUCAUUCAAGGAAAUCUCUCUGGGGAAGGAGGGGUUAUUCUGAUCACUUAUGUAAACUCGUACUAAGCUUACGGUAAUGUGCCAUCUAAAGGGCUCCAGUCAAAUGGAGAAAUUGUCCUAUUAAUAAAAUUCAAAUUAAUUUUUUUAUAACUUAA